UGUCAGUCACUACUGCCACCUGUUCCUCACAUAGUUGUGUCCAAAGCUGGGAUUCUCUAUUUCUUGGCUGGCCUCUCUUGUUGUUUUCUCAUUAGCUUCUUCAAAGUUGAAGAUUAAUAGUGUGUUUUCUUCUCCCUUGGAGUUUUCUUCUUCUUCAUCUUCUCUCUUUACAGUCUCAAAUAUGUAUCCCUCUAUGACUUUGUCCAAUUCUACAGCUUCCUUGUCAGAGGAAGCUAGUGUUUCUCCUGGCACUACUAGACUAGUUCAUCAAGACUUUGGAGUCUUGAAUAAUCCAUUACUCCUCUCAACAAUUUCUCCUCAACAUGAUCAACAUCAACAACAACAACAAUCACAACCGCUCAAGAUCAAGAAGAAGAGAAGCCUACCUGGAAACCCUGACCCAGAUGCGGAAGUGAUUGCACUGUCUCCAAAGACCUUAAUGGCUACAAACAGGUUUGUAUGCGAGAUCUGCAACAAAGGGUUUCAAAGAGAUCAAAACCUUCAACUUCACAGAAGAGGCCAUAACCUACCAUGGAAGCUCAAGCAAAGAAACAGCAAGGACAUAAGGAAAAGAGCCUAUGUUUGUCCUGAACCCUCAUGUGUACACCACCACCCUUCAAGGGCUCUUGGUGAUCUUACAGGUAUCAAGAAACACUUCUGCAGAAAACAUGGUGAGAAGAAGUGGAAAUGUGAGAAGUGUUCAAAGAUCUAUGCUGUUCAAUCUGAUUGGAAAGCUCAUACUAAGACUUGUGGCACUAGAGAGUACAGAUGUGACUGUGGAACCCUCUUCUCCAGGAAGGACAGCUUCAUCACUCACAGAGCAUUCUGUGAUGCAUUGGCAGAAGAAAGUGCAAGACUCUCUGCAACCCAACUUGUCUUCUCCACAAACCCAAAUCAUCCUCCUCCUGAUCAACAACCUAUCCUUCACAAUCUUCACUCACAAACCUACCCACCUCCACUACUCUUCCCUUUCCCAUGGGACCUACCCCAAAACCCUAGCACCCCUCCUCCUCACAUGAUCAAGCCUCAGACUCACCAUUUUCAAACCUCCCUCCUCUCUUCCUCACCAUUGUUCUCAGGCGAUGCCGCAGUGCACCACCACCUGUCAGCCACUGCACUGCUACAAAAGGCUGCCACCGUUGGGUCAACAAGUACCAACAUUGGCCAACAACAGUCAGUUGGUCACAUGAUGACUCGGUUGGGACCAGUAAGCCAGGUCGUUGACUCGGUGAGUUACUUGGGUUUCAACUCGGCGUGGGAGACGAGGAGUGAUGGGCUUACAAGGGACUUCCUUGGACUGAGUCGUGACGGUGGCAACAAUGGAGGGACUGAUCAUGUUAACGUUAGCGUGAACGUGAGGGAGAUGCUAAAUUACGCGGGUGAUGCAGAGAUGCACUCGUAUGAGAGAACGUGGGGUGACGGUUGAAAAUUCCUUGAAAGAAAAUAAAAUUUGAGAGCUAUAAGGGUGAGUUAGUAAUUUCCUACAUCCUACUCUUCAGAAUGACGAAAGUACCCCCAUGAGGACUAAUGGUGCCGCCUUAAAUUUUCUUGCUUUCGGAGUGAGGUUUUUUUUUUUUUUUUUUUUUCCUUAAUUCGAAAU